CAACUUUAUUGACAAACCUCUGGUGCACAGAGGCAAGCAGGCUUGUCCUUCAGUGGAGAUAUCUCUUCAAUCCCCCUUUUUUUUGGUGUACUUGAAAUAACAGAACCCAAAGGGAAAUUAAUUGGCUGUGGAAAAAUGGCAGCAAAGAUUUUGCCUGUCGUGAAACUAGCCACCAAGGUGAGCAUCGCAGGAGGAGCCCUGUACGUGGUCUAUGACUCUGGUCUGCUGGGGAACAGUGUGCAGGGCUCAGAGGCUUUGGGGAAGGCUAAGGCUGCAGUACCCCCCGCCAUAGAGGAGUGGAUGAAGUACUUUGGCCUGCAGGCUCAGCUUCCUACCAUGCCUAAGAUUGAAUUCUCCCCGGUUCAGGGGUGGAACUCCGGAGUGCGGUGGACUAUUUCAAGUCUUUCAGAGGCUCCAACAAAAGCAAAUGAAUACACAAAUCAGGGAUUGCAAUACAUCAAAGACCUCGUCAAAUGAACAAAAACUCUUUGGAUAACCUGACCUCUUUUCAAUCUUUUUGAGUUUUGCACUUGACAAAUAUUACUUCUUCAAAAGUUGUAGCCCAUCACAGGAAAGAAACAGCAUGAAAGAAAACUGUAAGAUUCAAAGAAGUUGUUAAAUCUGGCUUCAAGGAGCCUAGUCUUUUGAAAUGGUACUGUGGUUCUUUAAAUGAAAGUGGCAUUCAUCAGGAGUUGUGUUGUACAUAAAGCUGAAAUGCUAAAUGCAUUUUUGGAAAAGUUGUUUCAUUUUGUGUUAAAUACCAAAUUUAUUUUUCAAUUUUAAUCACUGACUGAUGAAUCAUAUUUUAUUUCCCUUUUCUCAAACCACUCUGGGGUCAUGAAGAGAAUAUCUCUUGUAUAUAUGCAGUCUCUCCAUUUGUGAUUUAAUAAUACAUCCAUCUUCAAACACA